ACGAACCGAUAGGUUUUUUUUAGUAAAACAAAUGCAAACGAAGUGACGAGUCAUUUCCAGAUAGUUGACUUUCUCAUAGAUCUUCCAGCAGACGAGGUGUUCGACGAAAUUCCUCUGAGAGCUCCCUAGAACUUGCUGAUAAUUCCUACCAUGAAACUUAGGCGAAUCCUCGGUUCUGUUUCUAGACUCGCUACAGAAAAGCUCUCUUCCUCUUCCCGUUGCCCAUCUAGACAGAUUUUCACCGCUUCGCAACGAAAUGCCGGAGGCGACCACUCAGAAGCUUUACCUGGGAAGCACAUCGAAUGGGCUUCGCUUGGUUCAGUCAGAAACUCGAGGUUCGCUUCUGGGUUCUCACCGUUGAAGCCGAAACCGUUGGAUUCGAUCAUGGAUUUGGAUAGAGCCAAGACUAAAUCUCCGGAGGAGCUCACUUCGAUCUGGGACGAUUAUCACUUGGGACGAGGGCAUAUUGGGAUUACUAUGAAAGCCCAGCUUUAUCGUUUGUUGGAGCAACGAGCAGCUGAGUGCCGAUACUUUGUGAUUCCGUUGUGGAGAGGAAAUGGUUAUAUUACAAUGUUUGCUCAAGUUGAAGCUCCUCACAUGAUUUUCACUGGUCUCGAAGACUACAAAGCGAGAGGAACUGAAGCUGCUCCUUACUUGACAAGCACCUUCUACACUGAGCUUUCAGAGACGAAAGACUUGGUGUUCAUCCGUGGUGAUGUUGUGUUCACAAGCAAACUCACAGACGAGGAGGCGAAAUGGCUCAUGGAGACAGCUCAGUCGUUUUACUUGAACGACACUCGGUACAAGUUGCUCGAGCGGUUCAAUAAACAUACUCAUGACUUUGAGUUCAAGGAUGUGUUGCAAGCUCUGGAUAUGCCUGUUCUGUGAUUUGAUUAAUCAGGACUAAAACUUCUCUGAGUUUUUGAGUUCUUGAGGUACAUUUGGUAUGAGAAUUGUUUUGGGAAUAUCGGAUUCGAGAGACUUUGCUCCUAAAUAAACGAUUUUUGAAGUGAACAAUACGGAAAUGUGAUGCUUCUUGUGUGGUGUA